AUGAAUUUUGUACGUGACAUUAAUGAUACAAAAUGGCCCACCCCGGACACCUCCGUCGCCGACCUCCCCCGCCGGAGGGCCCAUAAGGCCCACCGGGGGCCCAAUUCAGACGACACGUCAUGGCAGAGCUCCGUGUCGUGGCAGCCCGAGCCCACGUCGGCAUGGGCCCAACAGCCCAACGGGCUCGGCACGGCAUUCGGCCCGUGGACCCCACCGUCGGCCGCCAUGGGCCGGCCUAAUCACAGCCCGGCCCUGUUCCGACGCUCCGCCCAGGACUACUACCUGUCCCGGACCUCGAACCCGAUCUACGCGCAAUCCAAAUGGGCUCGGCGACUCGAGCUCCUGAGCCACGUCUCGGGUCCGAGCCACUCCCAAUCGGGCCAAUUUAGUAGUCCAAAUCUCGACACUAGCACGUCUACUGUGCACACAAAUUCGGGUAGCUCCAAAGCUUCCCGCCAACGCCGUCGUCGGAAAAAUCUGACGUCCAAUUUCGAAUCCUCUCUGACUAGUAAGGAUGAUCUCAGUGUGGUGGAUUAUGUUGCUCCUCCAAGUAGCCCACGAUCGUCAAAACAUUAUAAUAAUAAUAAUAAUAAUAAUAAUUCGUACGAUAUUUCGUUCUCCCAUGAUUAUCACACCGACAAUCUCUACGUAACCCCGCGAAGAGAGAACGAAAGAGGCGCGGAUUCGACGCAUGGGUCUGAUUUGGAUGAUGAUCAUGAUGGGGCCUAUCGAAGUGACGAUUAUGAUUCUGCUGAUAUCGAUGAUGACGAUGAGGAGGACGAGGAGAGUGUGACCCAACCUGUGGGCCUGUUUAGCUUGUUCAAGUACUCGAGUUCGUGGGACCUGGCUCUUGUGUUCUUGGGCUGCGUCGGAGCCAUGAUCAACGGAGGAUCACUUCCUUGGUACUCUUAUUUGUUCGGGAGUUUCGUCGAUAAGAUCGCGUCGGAGUCUAUAAAUGAUAAGACUCAAAUGAUGAAGGAUGUGAAUAUGAUAUGUCUCUACAUGGGCGUGCUCGCUGCAAUAGUGGUCGUUGGGGCGUACAUGGAGAUAACAUGUUGGAGAAUGGUGGGGGAGAGAUCGGCGCAGAGGAUACGGAGAGAGUACUUAAAGGCGAUACUGAGGCAGGAUAUUGCAUUCUUCGAUAUGCAGGUGAGCACGGGAGACGUGAUGCAUGGGAUAUCCACCGAUGUCGCGCAGAUCCAAGAGGUCAUGGGGGAGAAGAUGGCGCAUUUUGUUCACCAUAUCUUCACCUUCGUAUGUGGAUACGUGGUGGGCUUCAUCAAGGCGUGGAAGGUGGCUUUGGUGGUCUUCUCCGUCACCCCGUUAAUGAUGUUCUGCGGCAUUGCUUACAAAGCUGUCUACGUUGGCCUCACCGCCAAGGAACAGGCCUCGUACCUGAAGGCGGGAAACAUAGCACAGCAAGCAAUGAGCUCAAUAAGGACGGUGCUCUCCUUCGUGAUGGAGGACGACAUGGCUCGCCGGUACGCCGAGUGGCUCGAGCAAUCGGCACCGAUCGGUGUCAAGAUUGGAUUUGCGAAAGGUGCAGGGAUCGGCGUGAUCUAUUUGGUCACCUAUUCGCAAUGGGCUCUCGCCUUUUGGUACGGGUCACUUUUGGUCGCUAAGGGGGAGAUCAGCGGGGGAGAUGCGAUUGCUUGCUUCUUCGGUGUCAAUGUUGGUGGAAGGGGUCUGGCUUUGUCACUCUCGUAUUUCGCACAAUUUGCGCAAGGCACGGUGGCGGCGAGCCGCGUCUUCGAGAUCAUCGAUAGAGUCCCGGAGAUCGACCCCUAUGGCUCGGAAGGACGGACACUAUCAUCGGUCAAAGGUCGGCUUGAAUUCAAAGGAGUCAACUUUGCGUACCCUUCUCGUCCUCGAACCCAGAUUCUGCGCAAUCUCGACCUGACUAUCCCUCCAUCCAAAAUGGUAGCACUCGUCGGAGUCAGCGGCGGAGGCAAGUCCACAAUUUUCGCACUCAUAGAGAGAUUCUACGAUCCAAACCAAGGAUCGAUCAGCUUGGACGGCCACGAUUUAAGGUCCCUAAGAUUAAAGUGGUUGAGGGAGCAAAUUGGGCUCGUGGGCCAGGAGCCUAUGUUGUUCUCAACAUCAAUAUUGGAGAAUGUGAUGAUGGGCAAAGAGGGGGCUACUAGAAAAGAGGCACUUGCUGCUUGUGUUGCUGCUAAUGCCCACACCUUCAUUUUGGGCCUUCCUCAAGGCUAUGACACUCAGGUAGGCGACCGCGGAGCACAACUGUCUGGCGGGCAAAAACAAAGAAUCGCACUAGCUCGGGCUAUAAUCCGGAAUCCACGAAUCCUUCUCCUCGACGAGCCAACUAGCGCGCUCGACCCCGAGUCCGAGUCUGUGGUCCAACAAGCCAUAGAUCGAAUCUCGGCCGCUCGAACCACCGUCGUUAUCGCCCAUCGCCUCGUCACCGUCCGGCACGCGGACACUAUCAUUGUCCUCGACCGCGGUUCUGUUGUCGAGUCCGGCCAUCACCACGAUCUCAUUAAACGGGCCGGGCUUUACGCCAACCUCGUGAAGCUCGCCACAGAAAACAGCGACACCGGGCCUCACCGGCACAGCCCAACUCAUAGUAAGGCCCAAUAUGCUGCUAGCUUUACCGAUGAGUCCACAAAUGACCUGUCCAGGUCACGGUACGGAAGAUCCGUGUUACUACCGAAAACAGAAGCAGAAGCAGAAUCAGAAGACGAGGACGAUAAACGAAUCGAGGCUGCAAAGCCGGCCGAAAUUCAAACAUCAGAGAUAUGGAAGCUGCAGAAGCCGGAGAUCCCAAUCCUCCUAGUCGGGUUUCUUCUAGGCGUGAUUGCCGGAGCUAUUUUCUCUAUUUUCCCACUGCUUUUAGGGGAAGCUCUCCAAAUCUACUUCAACAACAACAGGGCCACAAUGAAGAGAGAUGUGGGCUACCUAGCCCUGGCAUUAGUGGGCCUGGGCCUGGGCUGCAUCGUCACCAUGACGGGCCAGCAAGGCUUCUGCGGGUGGGCCGGGACGAGGCUAACGGUGAGAGUCCGGGACCUGCUGUUUCGGUCGAUUCUCCGGCAGGAGCCCGGUUGGUUCGACCUCGAAGAGAACUCGACCGGCGGGCUCGUCUCGCGGCUCUCGACGGACUCCGCCGCGUUCCGGUCGGUGCUCGGCGACCGCUACUCGGUCCUGCUGAUGGGCCUGGGCUCAGCCGGCGUCGGGCUCGGCAUAUCUUUCGCGCUGGAUUGGAGGCUCACGUUUGUCGCCGUGGCCGUGACCCCCUUCACGCUCGGCGCCAACUACCUCAACCUGCUCGUCAACGUGGGGCCCGGGUUGGACAACGGCGCGUACGCACGCGCGAGCGGAAUCGCCGCGGGGGCCGUGUCCAACAUACGGACGGUCGCGACGCUCUCGGCCCAAGACCGGAUCGUGUCGUCGUUCGACCGGGCGUUAUCGGAUCCUGCGCGGAGCUCCGCGAGGCGGACGCAGAUCAUGGGCCUCGCGCUCGGGCUUUCCCAGGGGGCGAUGUACGGCGCGUACACCGUGACUCUGUGGGUCGGGGCUUACUUGAUCCUGAAGGGCCUAUCCAAUUUCGGGAACGUGUUCAAGAUAUUCUUGAUUCUGGUCCUCAGCUCGUUCUCAGUGGGCCAGCUCGCUGGGCUCGCGCCGGACACGUCGGCCGCCCCGUCGGCGAUCGCCGGAGUGCUUUCGAUAGUUAAGCGUCGCCCGUCUAUCGAAGCCGAUCGGGAGAAUGCAGGUAAGACUAUCAGGGGCGGAAAGCCGCUGGACGUCGAGCUGAAGCGGGUGACGUUUGCCUAUCCGUCCAGACCUAAUCAGACGGUGCUGAACGAGUUCUCACUAAGAGUGAAGGCUGGGGGGACGGUGGCGAUCGUCGGCGGGAGCGGGAGCGGGAAAUCGACGGUGAUCUGGCUGGUGCAGCGAUUCUACGAUCCAGAUCUAGGGAGGGUGAUGGUUGGAGGGUUGGAUGUGAUGGAGUUGGAUGUAAAGUGGCUGAGAGGAGAGUGUGCUCUAGUGGGCCAAGAGCCCACGCUUUUUGCUGGGACCAUUAGGGACAACAUCGGGUUCGGCAACCCAAAGGCCUCGUGGGCCGAGAUUGAGGAAGCCGCUAAGGAGGCCCAUAUCCAUAAGUUCAUUUGUGGGCUACCCCAGGGAUAUGAAACCGAGGUGGGAGAGAGUGGGGUUCAGCUAUCGGGCGGGCAAAAGCAAAGAAUAGCGAUCGCGCGUGCCAUACUAAAGCAAUCGAGGAUCUUGUUACUGGACGAGGCGAGCAGUGCGCUAGACCCGGAGUCGGAAAAGUAUGUGCAAGAAGCAUUGAGGAAGGCAUCGAAGCGGGCGACGACGAUAAUCGUUGCACACAGGCUAGCAACCAUUCGAGAGGCCGACCGCAUCGCGGUGGUGAAGGAUGGGAAGGUUGCUGAGUUCGGCAGCCACAAUGCGCUGCUGGCGAACCAUCCCGACGGGGUGUAUGCCACGAUGAUGAAGGCCGAAAUCGAGGCCCAUGCUCUCUCCUAAGUCUUAAGAAGAGCUACAAAAUUCACAUUUUUGUUUAUUAAAUUAAUUUUUAGAUAGAUAUAUUAUUGCACAUUGUUUAUACGAUGAUAGGGAUGAAAAUUUUAUGUUAUUCAUAGCUCCGUGACCAACUCGACAUUAUUACUUAGUUAUAUACAUCAUCAUGCAUGCCACUACAAUGCUCGAUAUUUAAUUUACAUGUUGUAAUUAUUAU